AUGGAUACUACAUCCACCAAUCUUCCUUCGCUUCAUCCUAUUAGCGUGAAACUUGAUCGCACCAAUUACAACUUCUGGAAAACUCAAGUCUAUGCUACAGCCUGCGCCUAUGGAUUCAAUGAUCUUCUUCUUCGCGACACAGCUCCGUCGCCGACUCUUUCAUCUACAUUUGAUGCUGAAUCAAUCUCCAAUCCAGAGUAUCUUGCGUGGUUGCGCAAGGAUCAAUUUUCAAAAGCUCGAGCAGCUCAACUACGUCUCCAACUCCAGACAUUGAAGAAAGGAGACUCUUCAAUCGAUGAUUACAUCCUCAAAUUCCGCGGAAUUUCUGAUCAAUUACACAACAUUGGUCAAGCUAUUCCAGAAUCUGAUCUUGUCAACUAUGUUUUGGCUGGCCUUGGUCCAGAAUAUGAAAGUGUCUCAGUUUUCCUUCAAGCACGAUGUGAAGAACUCAGCGUCGAUGACACUCAAUUUGCUUUGCAAACUCAUGAGAUUCGUCUUCUCAAUCAAUCCACUGCAGCCAAUACUACUGCCUUUACUGCUUCAUCCACACAACAACAACCAAAUCAUCAAGCAAAUAUAGCCUACAAUCAACAAAACCAAAGAGGUCGUGGUGGCAGAUCUAGCAACCGUAGCUCAGGUAAUCGAGGUGGCAGAGGUGGCGGUGACAGCUAUUAG